AUGGUGAACAUUACGGAGAAGAUCAAGGAGCAAUAUCGAGGAGGAGAUGAGAAAGACGCAGAAAAACUCGCCCGCUACAGAGCCCAACUCCUGGAGCCUGGCCCUGGCUCAGGAGCAGCAGGCGGUCCUGGGUUCGACGUCCAGAAGUCUGGCGACGCUCGUAUCGCCCUCGUCGGCUUCCCCUCCGUCGGAAAAUCCACCUUCCUGUCCAAAAUCACCAAGACCAAGUCCGAAGUCGCCGCCUACUCCUUCACCACCCUGACUGCCAUUCCAGGAGUCCUCGAGUAUGGAGGCGCUGAGAUCCAAAUCCUAGAUUUGCCUGGUAUUAUUGAGGGGGCAGCUGAGGGCAAGGGCAGAGGUAGGCAGGUCAUUAGUGCCGCCAAGACAAGUGAUAUGAUCCUGAUGAUUUUGGAUGCGACGAAGAAGGCGGAGCAGAGGCGUUUGCUUGAGGCCGAGUUGGAGGCUGUAGGGAUCAGACUGAAUAGGGAGCCGCCAAACAUCUACCUGAAGCCCAAAACCGCCGGCGGCAUGAAAAUCACCUUUCAAAACCCCCCGAAGAACAUCGAUCAAAAGAUGGUCUACAACAUCCUACGCGACUACAAAAUCCUCAACUGCGAGGUCCUGGUCCGGGACGAAAACGUCACCGUCGACGACUUCAUCGACGUGAUCAUGAAGGACCACCGCAAGUACAUCAAGUGCCUCUACGUCUACAACAAGAUCGACUCCGUGUCCCUCGAUUUCCUCGACAAGCUGGCCCGCGAACCCAACACGGUCGUCAUGAGCUGCGAGCUCGACUUGGGCAUCAAAAACGUGGUGGACCGGUGUUGGGAUGAGCUGAAACUCAUCAGGAUUUACACGAAGCGGCAGGGCGUGGAUCCGGAUUUUGGAGAGGCGCUGAUUGUGAGGAGUAAGAGCACGAUUGAGGAUGUGUGUGACCAGGUGCAUCGGACGCUGAAGGAUACUUUCAAGUAUGCGCUAGUCUGGGGGGCGAGUGCGAAGCAUGUGCCGCAGAGAGUGGGCUUGGGGCACAUGGUUGCGGACGAGGAUGUGGUUUCAAUUAUCAGCAAUUGGAAGGCAUAG